CGGAGGGGGCGGAGUUAGAACCAAAACUUUCACGCCGACCUGGAGUGAUGUGUUCAGCAGGAACUGUUGACCCUUUGUGAGGGGUUAAAGUGCUUUCUUUUUUUCAAUUUUUUUUUGUAAAAACUUUUGAUAGCGUUUAUAGCUCUUGAGCGCAGCGUGAAAAUGAUACGCUUCUUGCUCCUCUUCAGUCGCCAGGGGAAGCUGCGUCUGCAGAAGUGGUUCACGCCCAUACCAGAACGCGAGAAGAAGAAAAUCAUCAGGGACAUGACCACAAUGGUGUUGUCACGGCUACCACGCUCCUGUAACUUCCUGCACUGGAAAGACCUGAAGGUUAUUUACAAGAGGUAUGCAAGCUUGUAUUUUUGCUUGGCCAUAGAGAACCAGGAGAAUGAGCUGAUCGCCCUGGAGGUUAUCCAUCGCUACGUGGAGCUGCUGGACAAAUACUUUGGCAAUGUGUGUGAGCUGGACAUAAUCUUUAACUUUGAGAAGGCCUAUUUUAUCCUGGAUGAGUUUCUAAUUGGAGGGGAAAUACAAGAAACCUCCAAACAAAUGGUGAAUCGCUCCAUUGAAGCCUCAGACAUGUUACAGGAGGAUGACAGCAGUGAGUGGUAUGAGGUGGAGCUGUUUGGAUGACCUUGAAUAUGGACAGAAAGACCAUGGAGGAGUAUAUGAGCAAACCUGCAUUUUAACCCAUGGGACAAAAAGGACAUAAAGGACAUAAAGGAACAGCGGGGAGGAAUACAGGAACCCAAUGAGCUGAAUAUGAGUCAAAGAAGUUUCUGGAUAUGGACAUUGAAUUUUAUUUGAUUCCAUUGAACAUUUUUCAAAAGAUGAAACGUAUUGAAUGUCUUCUUGUCCUUCUGCCUGAAGCUUUGCUGCAGUGUAGCUGCAUUUGACAGUAAGUCUAGUAUUUGUUCAGUCGUUUGCUUUAUUGAAGGAAGGGGGUGUUCACAAUGAUUGCCGUUAUUGCAAUAUUUAAUGAAGUAGAAAUAGGAUCUGGGAUGUAUUUUAGGUUCAUGAAUUUGUUGAAUUUAUAUUUAAAUCAUGAAUUAAUAUGUUGGAAUUGAAUGAUUUUUAUUCCAAAAACGCUACGCUAAUUUGUAAUGCGGUUAAUAUUUAAAAAAGAAAAAAAAAUGUUAGUCUAAAAAAAAAAAGACAGAUGGAGUGAGACUGAUUAUGAUGAAUUUCUUACUGUUUUUAGGCUCUAUAGAUUCUUUAACAUGUGUGGGGCCGUUAGUCUUUAAAAGGAGAUGUUGCUAGUGUGGGUGUGAAUAUCACCAUUAUUUAUCAUGUGCAAUUUAUGACGUAAUGAUUAA